AGAUGCAAUGCCAGCAGACUGCCACUUUAGAUUUGUGUCAGGGUCAAGGUUUUUCGCGCAAGUAUUGGUCCAAUCUCACGAAUUUAUCGACCCUUUCCGUGCUCGAGGUGGAGAUAUGGCGCUAUAGAGGUGGUGAAACAGUCCCGCUAAACAAGGUAAGAACGGCAAGACAUACCAGUCGAUCGUGUUCAGCGUCGAAUCCCACUUUGGUCUCGUUGCGCAGGAGUUUUUGCAUCACGCCCUCAGUCUGUCGCUGCCUCUCGCACUGAUUCUCUUGAGUUGCUGAUAUCGAACACCAGGACUCCUUGUGAAGCCUCAUGCGCACGUUCAUAGAAGUCCAAGAGCGUGGCCAAAUGAACGCCGUCACAACUCAGUGAUCUGCUUCCAAGGCCUCCAAUACAAAGGGCCCACAAAUUGCGGGAAGUGCAUGUCAUCAAAUUAUCAUAGAUCAGAUCCAAUUUCAGUGGGGGGGGGU